AUGCAGUCACCACUGGAGAAUGAGUCCAUUGUCUUAGUAUUUACACUCUCUGGAUUAAAUGAAACAAUGGGAAACAGAUUUGUGUUUUUUUCUUUGACUGCAGUGUAUUAUCCAUUAAUUUUGUUGUGUAAUGUAACCAUAAUUUAUACUAUACUCUCAGAUAAGAAGCUACAUGAGCCAAUGUAUGUUUUUAUUUGUAAUUUGUGUAUCAAUGGACUCUAUGGCACAGCUGGAUUUUACCCUAAAUUCAUGUAUGAUUUAUUAUCCCAGCAUCAUGUGAUUUCUUAUGUUGGAUGUUUGAUUCAGAUAUUUGUCAUUUAUUCAUCUGUUCUGUGUGACUUUUCAACAUUAACAGUGAUGGCAUAUGACAGAUAUGUGGCAAUAUGUAGACCACUGGAGUAUCAUUCAGUAAUGACCAAUCAGAGAAUUCUGGAAUGCAUCCUUUUCUGCUGGCUUUCUCCAUUUUUUUGCAUGUGUGUUGGAAUUGUAUUAACAUCGAGGCUAACUUUAUGUGGCUCUAGUAUUGAAAAGCUAUAUUGUGAAAACUGGUCAGUUGUUAAACUUUCCUGUAUUUCUACAACAGUAAAUAAUGUGAUUGGAUAUGUAAUCAUUAUUAUAUAUUUUGGACAUGCAGUAUUGAUAUUUUGCUCAUACAUUCACUUGAUUGGAAAAUGCAGAAAGUCAACAGAAGGCCGAAACAAAUUCAUACAAACAUGUGUACCACAUCUGCUUGCAUUGGUCAAUGUGAGUGUUGCAUUGCUGUUUGACGUGCUGUACACCCGUUAUGGUUCUAAGAGCUUGCCAUUAGGUUUGCGUAAUUUCAUGGCACUGGAAUUCCUACUUGUUCCUCCCAUGUUAAAUCCCCUUAUUUAUGGACUGAAUCUGACAAGACUACGAAAGGAAGUAAUGAGACUGUUUUUUAAAAAAAGGAAUGUAUGA